AUGCCGAUGAGUGCGCAACAUCACUUGGAUCUCGAGCCACAAAUUGGCAACCGCGAGUCACACUCGGCUUUUCUUAACGACGAAUUCGAAACGCUUGCUCUGACGCCCUGGUCCUUGCAUUAUAAAAGUUGUGUGCAGCACUUCUUAAAACACGGUCAAUACACGCUCGAGGUGCAAUCUUUGGCCGCGCUAAUCAAUAUCCGCCUGCCCCACCAGCGGAUUUCUCAGGCCGUCGACACCUCGCUGAGACAAUAUAUUCGACGUCUUAUUGUGACGGCACAUGACUCACCAUCUAUCCUGCUGGUUUUUUUUGGUGGCGCCUGGGAGUCUGGCGUGGCCUGCAUCCUUAAAGAAGAGCGGAUGAAUUAUCUCUUCGCAGCGAAAAGUAACGGGUGGGCCUCCACAAAGACCGCUUAUGAUAUCCUGCCCGACGAGCAAACCCCGUUUCUACGGCCAUUGCGCAACCCCUCCGAGAACGAGAUCCAAACGGCCGAGAUACAGUGGAGUGAAUGGUUGGCGAUGCAAGAUUGGAUGGUAGGCGAGCGAAGUCCGUGGUAG